AUGAAUGAUGUUGUUCAAAGGGGUCAGAUUACCGGUUUCAAAGUCGCCGAAACUGGGAGUAUGAUAUCUCAUCUCCAACUUGCGGAUGAUACUCUCAUUUUUAUUGAUGCUAAUUCAAAUGAGGUAACUAGACUCUUUAUUAUCUUGGCUAUGUUUGAGUCUCUAACGGGUAUGAAGCUUAAUUUGGACAAAAGUACCGUGAUAAGCGUUGGUGCGAACGCGAUUAUUGAAAAAUUAGCAAAGGAACUAGGCUGUAAAACAGAGACUUUGCUUAUUAAAUAUCCUGGCAUGCCAAUUGGUGCAACUUCGAGAUGUACUUCCAUUUGGGAUUCGGUUUUAGAGAAGAUGACGCAAAAGCUCGCAUCUUGGAAGAAGAAAUUCUUGAAUAAAGAAGGACCACUAGUGCUUAUCAAGAGUUGUCUCGCUAGCUUACCAGUUUAUUUUUUAUCUCUCUUCCAUUUGCCAGUUUGCGUGGAGAAGAAAAUGAUAAAAUUGAUGAGAAACUUCCUUUGGGGUGAUGAGAAACUUCCUUUGGGGUGA